AUGCGCUUCACAGCCCUCCUUCCGCUCCCUCUACUCCUCGUCGAGCGAAUCUACGCAUCCGCCGCCCCUGCAGCCCUCCACUUUCAACAUCGGUUCCGCCCCUUCCCCUCCUCCGGCGAUGCCCCAGAAUGGCGACCCCUCGGCUCAGCUUCCGUCGACUCUGUCAUGGACACUGCUAGACUAGGCCAGUACUCCGGCGACGUAGUCUCAAGUGUAGGCGGAGCCGCUGCACGCGAUAAUGGGAAAGGCUGGUACCAGGUUGGCGUAGAGAGGGAUGGGGAAUGGGUGAUGGCUUCGACAAGAGCAUGUCUGAUGGUUUCGUCGCCGCCCAGCUUGGUCCUACAUUUGACCGACUCACACCUGUCCUCAAUAUCGCUCCAAACCGCUCAAGCUCGGUGUACGAAUGACUCGGUCACAUCCAGUACGGUUCAACUACCCUCCUCACAAGCUCUCUGGGAUAUUCAGGUUCAGCGUCCAGUCAGAAUAGGCAGUCCUUCAAACUCAGCGCCUGCCCCGCCCGCAGACCCUACUACCGGUCUUCCUAAACCGCCUCCGGUCGAAAAGUCCUUCGUCCAGAAAUGGUGGUUACCGAUGUUGGGUCUGGCGUUGUUUGCUGUCGGGCAGUUUGCAAGUCCCAGCGAAGCACAGCCAGCUAAGGCGUAA